ACCUCCCUCCUCCACUUUUCAUUCACACACUGCUCCUGUUGGAAAGAAGCCACAACUGAGACAUGAGUGGACGAGUUGGAGACCUCAGCCCAAAGCAGGCGGACAUCUUAUCUCAGUUUCGGGGGGGGAUCCAGGACAUCCUCCCCAGCCUGCCUGCUCAGCAUGACCACUACCUCCUCCGCUGGCUCCGAGCUCGUAGCUUCAAUGUUCAGAAAGCUGAGGCCAUGAUCAGAAAGCACGUGGAGUUCAGGAGACAGAUGAAAGUGGACUCCAUCAUAUCUGAUUGGAAGCCUCCAGAGGUGAUUGAGAAGUACGUGUCUGGGGGUAUGUGCGGCUACGACCGGGAGGGAAGUCCCAUCUGGUACGAUGUGAUCGGUCCUCUGGAUCCUAAAGGUCUGCUGCUGUCGGCGACCAAACAGGACUUUAUAAAGACCAAGAUUAGAGACACAGAGAUGAUGCAGAGGGAAUGCAGGAGGCAGUCGGAGAAGUUGGGGACCAACAUUGAAGCCAUUUCUCUGAUCUACGACUGUGAAGGACUCGGACUGAAGCACAUUUGGAAACCUGCUAUUGAGGCCUACGGAGAGAUCCUCACCAUGUUUGAGGACAACUAUCCUGAGGGGCUGAAGAGGGUGUUCCUCAUCAAAGCUCCUAAAAUGUUUCCUAUGGCCUACAACCUGAUCAAACACUUUCUGUGUGAGGAAACACGACGCAAGAUCAUCGUUUUAGGAAGUAACUGGCAGGAGGUUCUGCGUAAACACAUCGACCCGGAGCAGCUCCCUGUGGUGUACGGAGGAAACCUGAGGGACCCUGACGGAGACCCUCGCUGCAUCACCAUGAUAAAUUACGGCGGCACAGUUCCCCGGUCGUACUACGUGCAGGACUCAGUGAAGGUUCAGUACGACAGCAGUGUGACCAUCAGUCGUGGCUCCGUCUUCCAGCUUGAGUACGACGUUACUGCAGCCAGCAGCCUGCUGAGGUGGCAGUUUGCCAGUGAUGGAGCAGACAUUGGGUUUGGAGUGUACCGGCGGACCAAAGAGGGCAGCAGUCAGAAGGUGGCUGAGAUGCAGCAGGUUCUACCCAGUGAACGCUACAACGCCCACCUGGUCCCUGAAGACAGCUGCCUCACCUGCCCCGAGCCGGGAGUCUACGUGCUGUGUUUUGACAACAGCUACAGCAUCCUUCAGUCCAAGAAGGUGAGCUACAACGUGGAGGUUGUUCCUCCUGCAGACGAACCGAUGCAGAGUCCACGCAGCAGAGGAGGAGACACAAGGCUGCAGUGACGACAUCCACAUCUGAAACGACACCGAACUGACAGCAAGAUCUACACUGUGGCAUCAGGGCUGGACUGACCUUCUUUAAGCCCCCCAGUUAUCCCACUUAGUGUUAGUUUAUACUUGGUAAUUAGGUUGUGGUCGCCUGAUUAAUAAGUGAACGGGCUGAAAUGUUCAUUCAGUCAUCAAUCAGUGUUUACUACAUGACAGUAUGGAAAGAUGAGAUCCCUUUUUUCAGCACAAUCAGCGCUAUUUGAACAGGUGUGCUGUUGUAAUAGAUAUUAUUUGAAACGGAAUUUUAAUUUAUGGGAUUAUAUUCACUUUUCAACACAAAGAAAGCCAUCUGACAUUUUUAAACUUGUAGCCAAAGGCCUCAGGUUUCCUCUACCUGUACUAUAGCUGUGUCCUGAGUACUACAGUGUUACCAAACAAAUUAGCAUUUAAUUAAAU